UUAGUACCAGAGACUCAAGUUACUGGUAACACAACCCCUUUGCUCUGUUGUGGGGCAGAGGGACAGAGAAGCAGCUGCUUAGAUUUGGGAGUCUAGUAAGAGAAAUCUCUCAGCUCUUAGAAGAAAAUAAAAUAAUAAAUAAAUAAAUAAAACCAAAGUGGUCAGGUGAGCAGCGGGAGUGUCAGAAAAGGGAGAGAAGGAGAGAAAGGAGCAAAAGAAGUGGAGAAAAAAAAGUGAAGUCAGAAAGGAGUAGAGAGAAGUGAACAGAAGUGAAAAAGAACAGCGAGGGAUUGUGAAGGAGAGGAGAGGAGGGGAGAGGAUGCUGCGGCACAGGGCUCUGUUGAAGCUGCUGCUCUGCGCUGGACUCUGCUUCUUCAUUGCAGGGACGGUGCUGGCAAGUUUCUACAACUACAGCUACAGGAAGAAGGGGGUUAAGAGCUCCUCCAGCGCCACACAGAGGGGCGCAACGACAGCGCUGUGUCAGAGCUGCAGAGAGGAGGACGCUGUCAGGAAGAGAGUGCUGCAGUUAGAGGCGCAAGGAUGGGAGAGAUGGGAGGAGUCUUAUCAGAAGCUCAGGUCUGCGCUGUCGAGAGAUUGCCACGGCGUCUCCGAUGCUGUCAUCACCCAGAAAAACACGCCUCUGGGGUCGAAGGUGUUUUAUGACGGGGAGAAGCGCAGACACAUCAAGAUCAACCAGAAGAUAUUCAGCACCUUCCCCCUAGAGACCCCCUUCGGGAACGUCACCUUCGCUUCCUGCGCAGUCGUCGGGAACGGCGGGAUCCUAUUGGACAGCGACUGCGGAGAGGAGAUCGACCGGGCUGACUUCAUAAUCAGGUGUAAUCUGCCCCCGGUGGAAGGGAGGUAUCACAGCGACGUGGGAAACAAAACAGACCUGGUCACCGCCAAUCCCAGCAUCCUCCUGGAGAAGUUCGCUGCUCUGUCUGAGUGGAGGAGGCCCUUUGCGGACUGCGUUUCCCGCUACGGCGCGGGCGCAAUGCUGGCACUGCCCGCCUUCUCGUACGGGCGCAACACGCCGCUGUCCCUGCGGGCCCUCUACACGCUGCAGGACUUCAGGAGCCCGGUGCGGCCCAUCUUCCUGAACCCACGGUACCUGGGCAGCCUGGCUAGGUUCUGGAGGGCUCGUGGGCUCCGGUCUUCCCGCCUCAGCACCGGGCUCAUGAUGGCCAGCCUGGCGCUGGAGCUGUGCAGCUCAGUCCGGCUCUACGGGUUCUGGCCCUUUGACCGCGGCCCCAACGGCUCCCCGCUGCUGCAUCACUACUACGAUGACCGGCGCUCCCCGAGCAGCAUCCACGCCAUGCCAGCAGAGUUCAGCCAGCUGCUGGGGCUGCACAGGCAGGGCGUGCUGAGGAUACAGCUGGGGAGGUGCCAGACAAAGCAGGGAGAGGGGAGAGGAGAGGGUAGGGAGGCCAGCCUGAGACAACCUGGGCUAACUUCCACUGGUUGAUCCCUGCAGCCAGCAUCGCUGCCGUUAUGUGUGCUGAUCACUGGAGCCAGCAUUACACUGCAGCCAUCAACAACAGGCCCAACAGAAAUCCACGUUACCUGGUGGAGGGAAAGCGCUGAAGGCUCAUAUAUUACAGUGAAGCUACGUCUUGGUUGGUCCCCAUCACUGCUAUCUCAUUUUAUCUUGAUGAAAGCAGAGUCCAGUAUUAGCAUGAAGUAAAUAACAGCUACUCUCAUGUAAUAAAAAUCGACCAACCUGCCACUAUGAGACAGCACCUGAGACUCUGUGUCUGUCAAUCCCCUGCCUGUCUGUCUGUCCCCCAGUCUCAGUAGUACAGACGCAGCACACAAGAGUGUGUGUUAUAGUUGAGGGCUGACAGGUGUGAGUGUCUCGGAUCCGGCUAACAACUUAACUGCGCUCCGCUGUCUCAGACAUUGAAGGAAAUAAGGAAAUAACAACAAGGCUAGUGGCUAGUGCCUCCACAGUGCUAUUAUUGAGGGGAAACUAGAAGAAACUGAGUCAACCAGACAAGGGUUUUGGCACGUGCCUUCAUCAGUGUUAUUGAAACUAGAAAAAACU